AUGGUCGCUCUCGCCGCCAUCCAGAUUGGAGGCUUCUGCGACAACUUGCCAUGGACACAAAUCAUCCUCGUCGGCUUCGUGGCUUUCAGUUCCGUCGGCAUUUUCAGUGCCAUCGGCGGUCUCGGCGCUGGUGGCACGCAAGACGUGCAGCUGGUGGACGUCUCGAGUAGUGUGCUGUAUGCCACGUUUGCCUUUUCCGGAUUCAUUGCCGGAAGCAUCAACAACAUCUUCGGCCCUCGACUGACCAUGUCCGUUGGCACCUGCGGCUACGCCAUGUACCUUGGCUCCCUGUGGUCGUUUCAGCUGCACAACACCCGCUGGUUUGUUAUUUUGGCCGGCGCCAUCCUUGGUUUCUGCGGUGCCCUCUUCUGGGCCGCGCAAGGCUCCAUCAUGAUGGCCUACCCCCUCGAAAAAGACAAGGGCCGGUCCUUUACCGUGUUCUGGGCCAUCUUCCAGCUCGGCACGCUGAUUGGCGCUGCCAUUGCGCUCGGCAUUCAGUUCCACAGCACGCUGCUUGGAGUCUCGAUGGGGGUCUACGUGGUGUUUUUGAUCAUCAUGCUCACGGCCAUUGGCUCCAGCUGGCUCGUGCUGCCGCCCCAGGCCGUUGUCCGCAAGGACGGCUCGCUCGUCGAGCUAGAGCCGAAUGUGUCGCGGCGCACGGAGUUUGCGGCGUUCCUGGGCAUGUUCAAGGACUGGCAGCUGCUUUUGCUGUUUCCCAUGUUCUUUUCGAGCAACUACUUUUACGCCUACCAGGGCGCCCUCACCGCGUACUUGUUCAACGGCCGCACACGGGCCCUCGUGUCCCUGCUCACCGGUCUGGGCUCUAUGCUUGGGUCCGUCCUGGUUGGUUUCUUGCUGGACAAUCUCCCCUUCCAGCGCCGCAAGCGGUCCCUCGUCACGUGCGGCAUCGUCGCCCUGCUGAUGAUCGGCAUCUGGGGCGGCGGCUUGGCGUUCCAGCUCCGCUUCCAGCGCGACGACGCCGCGGUGCUGGGCGAGCCGCUUCCCUGGGACUGGACAGCGAGCGCCGCCGCCGGCCCCAUCCUGCUGCUGCUUGCCUACUACAUCAUCGACGCCACCUUCCAGGGCCUGGCCUACUACACCAUGUCGUCGCUGACCAACGAUCCCUUCAAGCUGGCCCGCAUGGCUGGCUACUACAAGGGCAUCCAGUCCGCGGGCUCGGCGGUGUCGUUUGGCAUCGACGCCGUGCGCACGCCCUACCUCAACGAGCAGCUCGUAUCGUGGCUCCUGACGCUGGUGUCCCUGGCUCUCUGUGCCUGCGUUCUGUUCCACACGCGCGACACUAAUAUCGAUGUUGAGCACACCGUCUUUGUCGAGGAUCUGGCACCCGAGCAGCUCGAAGGUAUCCGCAUACCCGGUGGCCACGCAGCCGGCGCCUACGAGGCAACGACCGAGGCCAAUGUCGGCACCCAUGUGGAGAAUACGACGAAGGUGGUGUGA